UAGUAGUAGCCAUUCGGGCAGUCCCCGCCCCUAGGUGAGGUUCUUCGCUGGGAUUGGUGGGCGCUUUCGCUGGAGUUUCCGGUACGAGAGACAGGCGGCGACGGGCGGUGGUUGACUUGCUGCCGCUGUUGCCAGAGCCGCCGCCGAGAUGAAGGGAGGCCUCGCGAAGCUGAACCGGCAGCCCCGCGCCAAUGGCUGUAGCCUCACCGGGCACGGCGAGGGCGGCGGCCUGAAGAACGGCUAUGUCCGCGGCCUGGCGGACAGCGAGUCCUAUAGCCAGAAUCAUCAUAUUGCUCACAAUGGCGGCUUAUAUAAAAGACCCUUCAAUGAAGCAUUUGAGGAAACGCCGAUGCUGGUUGCUGUACUGACUUAUGUAGGAUAUGGCGUCCUUACUCUUUUUGGAUACCUUCGAGACUUUCUGCGAUAUUGGAAAAUUGAGAAAUGUCACAAUGCAACAGAAAGAGAUGAACAAAAGGACUUUGUUCCUUUGUACCAGGAUUUUGAGAAUUUCUACACGAGGAACCUCUACAUGCGUAUUAGAGACAGCUGGAACAGACCAAUCUGCAGCGUACCCGGAGCCAAAGUAGACAUGCUGGAGCGGGUUUCCCAUGACUACAAUUGGACGUUCACGUACACAGGGAAAGUGAUAAAGGAUGUAAUAAACAUGGGGUCCUACAACUAUCUUGGAUUUGCACAGAACACCGGGCAUUGCAUAGAGGCAGUAGCUAAAGUUCUCUCACAGUAUGGAGUUGGGAUGUGCAGCACUAGACAAGAAAUGGGUAACGUGGACAAACAUGAGGAGCUGGAGUCAUUAUUGGCCAGAUUCCUUGGUGUGGAGUCUGCAAUGGCAUAUGGGAUGGGAUUUGCAACUAACUCGAUGAACAUUCCUGCUUUGGUUGGCAAGGGCUGUCUAAUAGUGAGUGACGAGUUGAAUCACGCCUCUCUAGUAUUAGGGGCAAGACUUUCAGGAGCAACAAUUCGAAUCUUCAAACACAACAAUAUGCAGAGCUUGGAGAAAGUGCUCAAAGAUGCAAUUGUGUAUGGGCAACCUCGCACGCACAGACCCUGGAAAAAAAUUCUCAUAAUUGUUGAAGGCAUAUACAGCAUGGAGGGAUCCAUAGUCAGACUACCUGAAGUGAUCGCCCUUAAGAAAAAGUACAAAUCGUACCUGUACGUGGAUGAAGCUCAUAGUAUAGGAGCGCUGGGUCCCAAUGGCCGGGGUGUAGUGGAGUAUUUUGGACUUGAUCCUGAGGAUGUGGAUAUUAUGAUGGGGACGUUCACCAAGAGCUUCGGAGCUGCCGGAGGAUACAUUGGAGGCAAGAAGGAGCUGAUUGACUACCUUCGUGUCCACUCUCACAGUGCAGUAUAUGCCACGGCAUUAUCGCCUCCUGUUGCAGAGCAAAUCAUUGUAUCAAUGAAGUGCAUUAUGGAUGAAGAUCGCACAGCAAUUGGCAAGCAGUAUAUUCAGCAGUUGGCCGAGAACACCAGAUAUUUCCGAAGGCGACUUAAGGAAAUGGGUUUUAUCAUCUAUGGAAAUGAAGAUUCCCCUGUUGUACCUUUGAUGCUAUAUAUGCCAGCAAAAAUUGGUGCAUUUGGGCGAGAGAUGUUGAAAAGGCACAUAGGUGUUGUGGUUGUGGGUUUUCCUGCCACUCCUAUCAUUGAAUCCAGAGCCAGAUUUUGUGUGUCUGCUGCUCAUACCAAAGAGAUACUUGAUACUGCUUUAAAGGAAAUUAAUGAAGUUGGAGACCUCUUGCAUUUAAAAUAUUCUCGUCACCGAUUGGUACCUCUCCUCGACCGGCCUUUUGAUGAGACUACGUAUGAAGAAACAGAAGACUGAAUUCUCUCCAUGCCUUUUGUAAAGGGGCACACUCCACAGGACUCCAUGUGGCUCAGAGCCACAGUUCUUGAACCAAACACUUAAUGACUGCUUAGCAUAAACAGAAUGACUCUUUACUCACAAAUUGAAGUGGCCACAGCAGUUCUAAAUGGUGUUUUGUAACCAGCAAAACCAAACCUGGCUUUCAUUCCUAUUGCUCCAAGGUCUUGCCCUAGAGAGGUGCUUGGCUUGCCGUUUAACAUGCUGCUUCCUUAUUUAUUUCUCACAGUGAGAUCACAGUGACCAUUGUUGGCAGUGGCGGUGUUGCCCCUCACACUGAGAUGUGGGCAUUGUUAAUGUGUCUUAGGAUGUUGCAGUGCUCCUGUCACAAAAUUUCCUACUUCCAUCACUAAGAAUUCGAACCUUGGGAGUCUAAGACCAGGCAGUCUCUUCAGGCAAGACUUCUGAGGACAUCGUUGAUGGCUAACUUUAAAUACAUUUAACAAGAAAUAAUCAACCAAAGCAUUUUCCUUUUUGCAUUUACUUACUGCUUUAUUUUAAUUUUAUUUUUUAAAUUAAAAUGAUGGUUGACUUGCCACUGAUAGGACCAUUAUUCAGUUCUUUGAGGCACAAAGCAGGAGACAUUCUGGGGCCCUAGCCACCUUGCUUUUCAGUCUGUGGACCAAGUGUUCCUUCAUUUGGGUAAGUAGCAGGACAGGUCCUUGUCGUUAUUUCCCUUGUCGUUAUUUCCCUGUAGAAUUACUCCAGCUCCAAGAUACAGUCAUGCUUCCAUUUUUAAAAAUGGCCUCUAGCAUUGCAGAUUUAAUCAGUGAUUAUCUGACUUUAAGGCCUGAAGAGAAAUGACCAAAUUGAUUAGAUAUAUGUGAGGUGGGGGGAGACGCAUGUUUAAAAUUCUAAAGCAUCUUUUUUCUUUACAUGUAGUAAAGUUCCAGUUCUACUUCCUGAAAGUAUUAGAAUAGUCUUGCCCAAACAUCUCAAUCAGCUGGAGUAUUAAGAGCACCAACUACAUGGUGCAGUUCUAGGAAAAGUGAAUGUUGAAAGUGUGUCUGCUGUGAGGACUUUCUGUUAUAUCUUCACUACUUCUUGCCAUAUUUAUACCAGUCAGGGUCUUGCUAUGGCAAUAGAAGUAGGCAGCCUAAGGCAAAGUCUGCUACAAAACUCAUGCAUAGGUUAGAAUUUGCCUGGAGUAUUUUUGUGAAGAUGCUUCUGGAGAAAUUAACCAACUCAAAGUACAUGGCUUGGCAGAAUGUGGCUCUUAAGAUAGCCUUUUGGGGAUUCUUUGUGCAAAUGGAGGCAAACGAGAUUUUCAGCUGCUAGAAUGAAAUAGUGCAGAUCCAGAUUUCUUUAGAAAUCUGGAAAACAGUUCUUUACAAUGAGCUAGAACACCCUCUAGCAUGCAUUCUCUCUCUCUCUCCCCCACCCCCAAAUAUCUCAGGCAAGCCUUGGAGACAACAAGAUGCUUUGAUAACUUUUUCAGAAAAAUCACACUGGGGCAUUCAAUUCUUGGAAGCAAAUUAAUCUGAGAAUUAGUAGAUGUAGAAAUAUUAGUGGCAAUUAGGAAUGAUCUAAAAUGGCCACACUGUCUUCCAUUGUAUUCAGUUUACUAUGGCAAUGUAUUUCUUUACUUACUAAGGAUCGUAUGAUCUUCUCAAUGCCAGAGGUGCAGUGUGCAGUGAUGCACGUAUGCAUUAUGAAGUUGCACUAUUCAUGGAUUGGCUUCUCUGUUCUUUAAGCACAGAAUCUCUUAGUACUUUGCACCUAGGAGACCUUGCACUUUCCCAUUAGUUCUCUCAAAGGAUUAUGCUUAGCACUGAAAACAUCUCCGCAGCUCAAGAACUGCUAGCUUUCUUGAAGCACCUCUGCUCAAACUUACUAGCCUUUGUUUUUCUCUUCAGUGUGGCAAGAACUUCAAUUCUCAGUGUAUGAUUUGGAACUGAGAAAUGUUGGUGUUUGACAGACAAAUAGUAAUUAUUAAAACUGUGCAGUGCAAAUCAUUAGGGUCUGACAUAGGCUAAGCUAAGGUUCUGAGGUGUGUGCUUUGUUCAGAUUGUAUGUGUCGAACAUGUUAGAUGUUUUGAAACGUAACGGUAGAAGAAAAUAUUAUUUUAUUAUCUGUCUACUGAGCCAUGUGGCCUUAGCAUUGAGAGCCAAAUGCAAUGGAAGAGGGAAGGAGUAAAAAUAGUAUCAACGUUUUCAUUUCACCUAAAUAACUUGAAAAUGUGUUCACUGAAGGUAUCUCCUGUUGGAAGCGGAGGUCUUAGUGCCCACUGGAUUUUAACAGUAUUCCUUUUGAAGGCCUACGACAAAUCUGUGUUGAUGGCAUGUCAUGAUAUAAUAUUAAAUAUGCUGACCAUUCCUAAGGCCCUGGAUUACUGAGAGGUAUUGAAAACUAGACUCUGCUUUUCUGUAUCAAACUGCUUAGGAGCAAUACUGUACAUGCUGAUGUAAGUGACACCAAAGACAUAAAGGAUAGAAGUAAGAUGAGGAUAGCAAUGUUGCUUGUAACUUUUGUAAGUUUCGCACUGCCCUUAUUUAUGGUCUAGACCCUGUAUAAGAUUCAAAUGUCAGAAUUCUUGAAAUCACACUUAUUCACCAAGCGUGAGUUAAGGAACUGAGUUCCACUGGACUUGACUGCUUUUAUCUUCUACAUAAGGCGAUAACAUUUAAUAAGCCUGCUAGCUCAGUGACUGAAAAGUCCCCCCACCCCAGAUAAAACAGAUGCUCUUUCUUUAUCCUUGCAAUAGAAGCAUAUACAAAAAAGCAGUCUAGUGCUAGUAUGACGUUUCUUUUGGGGAAGAGCAUUUGUCUGGAGCUUGAUCGCAAAUGCCAGCUACUCCUGAGCAUGAUUUAACUGAUGGCAGCUUCCACAAUUACAUUAGCAGAGGUACUUCAGUAGUACCUCAAAGGAGAGAAGAAAAUAUAGCUGGAUGAAUUUUGUGAGGUGGCAUGUUUAGAGUAUCCAAGUCAGCUUUAAAGUACUGUACACUCUACUAUUUUGCUUUCAGAAAUGUGGAAAUUCUCAGAAAUAUGUUUAACCAUUGUCUACUGGUCAUAUGGUUUGACACUCCUCAGAAAGAGACACUUUGGGAUGAGACUGCAGGGGAGAAAUAGCUUGUAGUUCUCAUUUCCAGUUUUCUUUGUCUCCUUUGAUAGACAGGACAUGUGUGUGAGGAGGAUAUCAGAUCUCCACUAUUUGAUACAUACCAUAGGAUGUAAGAGUGUAAAGCAUCAUCAUCAUGCCUGUAAUAUACUAACACUGUCCCCGACGCCUCUUGUAUUUCUGAAAUUUUACAUUCCAGAACAACUUAAAGAGUAACUCUGGGGACACCUCUGAUUCUCAUGGUUGGCAUAUAGUGUGGAAUGGGGUGGCUCUUGGGAAUGAAAAAGCAAGCUUCCCUACGAUUGGAAUGGGCUGUUCAGUGCCUAUAUGAUCAAGUGCUGGGGAAAGCAAGGAGAAGGUUUAAUCAGUGAUGGGUUACUAGGUGGUUGUGUUGAAAGAAGAAUAUGGCUUUUCUCCCAACAAGGGUAAUAUUCCAGAAGGCAAACAUUGCUCUGUACUUGAUCAAACCAAGCACAGUUGAGCACUCUGGUCCAGAAGAGGACAGUGAGGAUUUUAACCAUGCUGCUACCCUCUAAGCCCUCGCUGUGCCAAAAGCAAAAUCACUUGGGUUAUAGUAAUUUCCCUUGGAGUAGUUUCCAUUUUUCUCUGAACGCUGCCUCAUCCAAGUCUCCUGAAUGUUUGUGUCAACAGAGAUGCUCUUGCAUGCUGAAUUCCAUGCAAAAAUGGAAAGAUAGGGAGAGCUAUGACAGGUUAACACCUUAAUUUUGCAUGCUAGUUAAGGCCCCCCACCCCCAAGACAACCACAGUUGCAGGAAAAGGCCUAAGUGGCUUGUUGGCUUGCACUGGCCCACAGAUACCUAAUUGCUACACCCAGCAGCUGUCAUCUUUCAAGCCCCAACCAAUGUGUGCAGUGCUGUAUCUGUUUGCGAAGUUCUGUAGCUGAUAACUGUCAUGAGCUGCACCUUCAUGCUCAACAUCUGCCAUGAUCCUCUAUGUGAACAGCACUAAGUGUUGCUACUUGCUGCUGUGAGCCUUUAUCCAAUAACAUGCUGGCUGCCUCAGAAUCAGAGUUUGAAAUAUGUGGGAUCUUCAUUCCAAAAGAUAACUCUCUUCCAUUUGGGUUUCCUUAAAGGGGGUGGUGGUGAAGUAAUGUAACUGUCUAACAGCUGAACUUAAUUCAGCUCUUUGCACUCUAGUAUGAGUUCCAGAGUAUGUACAAAAUGCUCUGUGUUGGGGGGGGGGGGUGAGAAUGUGUACACACAUUUUUCAAUAGGUGUAACUUCAAAAUACAAUCUGGCAAGACUUGGGAUUCCUGCUUGUAUGUGUGUGUUAAAGGCACAAAUGCUGAACAGUGGAUGUGCACACUUCACACUGAAUGUGUAUUGUACUUGGGUGUUCAUACAAGAGUACCAAUAAUAGAAUUGGCCCAGUCUGUGUAAUGAUGUUGUACUCUUGCUCUGUUUGUGUGUUAUUUGGGGGAAAUGGUGGGAGGAGUGUGUUCGCUUUUUUUCUUUUACAAAUUAAGCUACUUGAUGCCUAAAAAAUGUGUGAGAGACUUUUAUAAAAAGGCCUUAAACUAU